GUUGUUUAAUUAACACAUCAGAAAUGAUACUUGUUUUAAUUAGUCAAAAUUAAACACAAAUGCAUCUAUUUAUAUACACUUAACUUGAUCACACUUUUGCUUAAUUAACACAAUGGAAGAGUAUAAUAACAACACUAGUAAGGGUAACAGAGGGGGUGGUAUAACAUCAGCAUAUAGAGGUGUUAGAAAGAGGAAAUGGGGAAAAUGGGUUUCUGAAAUACGUGAGCCAGGGAAAAAAACGAGGAUAUGGCUAGGGAGUUUUGAGACAGCAGAGAUGGCCGCGGCAGCGUAUGAUUCAGCUGCAUUGCACUUCAGGGGACAUGCAGCUAAGCUAAAUUUCCCAGAGUUGGUGGAUCAUCUCCCUAAACCUGCAAGUUCUUGCCCUGAGGACAUACGUUUGGCUGCUCAGCAGGCUGCACUAAGAGUCGAGACCACAAAUUCGUCUAAUCAUCUUACGGCCUCAACUAGUCAAGUCGAUGUAGCACCAAUAACCGUAGGACUAUCUCCUAGUCAAAUUCAAGCUAUUAAUGACUUCCCUAUGGAUUCACCAACUAUGUGGUCUACGGAAGAGCCAAUCUUUACUUAUGAAAUGAGUGAUUACGAAGAAAUGGAUGAUUGCCUUUGGGAUUAAUUCCUGCUCAACUAAUUCAUGUUUACAUUACGAAGAGGUGACGUUUUAGCCGUAUAUAUAAAACAUCGUGUGCUACUAAGGUUCAGUAUUCUAUUUAACAAACAUAAAUUUAAUUAGAGUGAUGUUUGUACUAAUUCAUUUUCAUAUUUAGCGUGUUGUGCGUCUAGCAUUCUUAUAGAUUGAGAUAAGAAUAAAUAAAUGCCUAAUCGACUUUGUUCUCUAAGGUUGUUUUAGAGCAUCAAAAUGAUUCGGUUUUUUGAUCUAUCA